AAGCGCCAUGGUCCGUCCCUUAAACUGCAUAGCCGCCGUGUGCCAGAACAUGGGCAUCGGGAAGAACGGAGACCUCCCUUGGCCCCCACUCAGGAAUGAGUUUAAGUAUUUUCAGAGAAUGACCACAACAACCACUGUAGAAGGUCUGGCAUGACGAGCAGUGGCUGCAGAACUUUGGGAUGCAGAAAGCCACCUUCCAGGAACUGUGUGUGGCGCAAGGACACCAAAAUGAGAGCCGCCCUCUUGGUGGAGAAGUUCGUGGCGAUCGCUGUGUGGAAGUUGGCAACUCCAGACUGCCAUUGGUCGGUCGCGAAUCAGUUUGGAGUUGGAAAGUUGACCAUUGGGGCUGCGUUAACACAAGUAAACAGAAUGUGUUGAUAAUGGGUAAGAGGACCUGGUUCUCAAUUCCUGAGAAGAAUCGCCCCUUAAAAGACAGAAUUAAUAUAGUGCUUAGCAGAGAGCUCAAGGAAACACCAAAAGGAGCACAUUAUCUCGCCAAAAGUCUGGAUGAUGCUUUAGUUCUUCUGGACUCACCAGAGUUAAAAAGUAAGAUAGACAUGGUUUGGAUCAUCGGAGGCAGUUCCAUUUAUAAGGCAGCAAUGGAGAAGCCAGUUCACCAGCGAUUGUUUGUGACAAGAAUUUUGCAUGAGUUUGAAAGUGACACAUUUUUUCCAGAAAUUGAUUUGGAGAAAUACAAACAUCUCCCAGAAUAUCCAGGAGUCCCUGCUGAUGUCCAAGAAGAGAAUGGCAUCCGGUACAAAUAUGAAGUGUAUGAAAAAACUGUUUAGACAUAGUUAAUGUGAGGCUUAUUGCACUAAUGCAUACUGUCAACAUACAUUAAAGUUUCAUUAUUUAUA